AAACACAGAGGGCGGAAGAGAGGAAGAGAACAAACAGCUGCUGAAAGGCAUCGGCGUCUGAAGACGUCUACAUUCUCAAAUGGGGAAGUUUUUGGGUGAAGUUUGCGCAGCCCUGGUACUUUUUGUUCUAGCUUACGCAGUUUCAGGUUCCUCAAACAUAUGUACCUCUAGAGGUGUCAGAACAUGCAAAGAAUGUCUGUCUAUUCAUCCAACCUGUGCUUGGUGCUCUAAGCAAGAUAUCGGCAAGGGUGGGCCCGGUCUCUCCCGCUGCAAUCUCAAGAGCAUACUAGUGCAGUCUGGCUGUGGUGCGGAGUUUAUCGAGUCUCCAGUCAGUAGUAUGACAGUCAAGGAGGAUCGCCCCCUCAGUGAUAAAGCGCAGGGUUCCACCAGAGACAUCACACAGAUUCAACCCCAAAGAAUCCACCUCACCCUCCGGCCAGGAGACUCAAAACGUUUUACAGUGACUGUUAGGCAGGUUGCUGAUUAUCCAGUAGAUCUGUACUACCUGAUGGACCUGUCAUAUUCUAUGAAGGAUGACUUAGUCAGUCUCCGUUCUCUUGGCAAUGAACUGGCCACAGCUAUGGGACAAGCCACUAGUAACCUGCGCAUGGGAUUUGGGGCAUUUGUAGACAAAACUCUCUCUCCAUACAUGUAUAUGUUUCCAGAUGAGGCUGUGAAGAACCCCUGUGUUGGUCUGCCGGCCACAGUCUGCCGGCCGCAGUUUGGCUAUAAGAAUGUGCUGUCACUGACUGAGCAGGUGAGCCGCUUCACUGAGGAGGUGAAGAACCAGGAAGUGUCCAGAAACAGAGAUGCACCCGAGGGAGGAUUUGAUGCUGUUCUACAGGCUGUGGUCUGCAAGGACAAGAUUGGGUGGAGGUCGGAUGCGUCCCACUUGCUGGUAUUUACUACAGACGCUAACACUCACACCGCUCUGGACGGCCGAGUUGCUGGCAUCGUCCAGCCCAGUGACGGACAGUGCUAUGUCAAUAAUGAAAACAACUAUGACAAGACUACUUUACUGGACUAUCCCUCUAUUGCAAUGCUCGCUGACAAGCUGUCAGAGAAUAACAUCAACCUCAUUUUCGCCGUGACUGACAACGUGAUGCCCCUGUACCUUAAUUACAGUAAACUGAUUCCUGGGACCACCGUGGGCAGACUGUCUUACGACUCGAAAAAUAUCAUCCAGCUCAUCCAGGACGCAUACACGAAUAUUAGAUCCAAAGCAGAGUUGGAGGUGUUGGGUGUUCCAGAUGAGUUAACCCUGUCGUUCAAUGCUACAUGCCUCAAUGGAGAGGUGGUGCCUGGUGUCAGAUCUUGCUUGGGACUCAAGAUUGGAGACACGGUGUCGUUCAAUGUGGAAGCAACGCUGCGGGCCUGCCCUAAAGAGAAGAACCGCACGUUCAACAUUAAGCCAAUGGGGUUUAAAGACACAUUGCAAGUCACUGUGGACUAUGCCUGCAACUGUGCCUGCCAUGACUCCGCCCAGCCCGCCAGCCCUGCCUGCUACGGCAAUGGCACGCUGGAGUGUGGAGUCUGUCUAUGUGAUGCUGGAAGGCUGGGUCCACACUGUGAGUGUACAGAAGAAGACCACAAACCCACUGAGGCGGACAGCUGUAGCCCCGAGCCCCAGGCGCCCAUCUGUAGUGGGCGGGGAGACUGCCUGUGUGGCCAAUGCAGCUGUCACUCAAAUAACUUUGGAAAGGUGUGGGGGAAAUACUGUGAGUGUGAUGACUUCAACUGCAUCCGUUCGAAAGGACAACUCUGCUCUGGUCAUGGCGACUGUGUGUGUGGGUUCUGUCAGUGUAACCCUGAUUGGUUAGGUGAAAGCUGUAACUGCUCCACGAGGACGGACAACUGUAUGGGGAGUAUUGGCCUGCUGUGUAGUGGGCGUGGUCACUGUACGUGUGGGGUGUGUGAGUGCACUCAGCCGGGAGCAUAUGGCGCCACCUGUGAGAAGUGUCCCACCUGCCCCGACUCCUGCACCAUCAAAAAGGACUGUGUGGAGUGUAAGCACUAUAAGAGGGGAACGCUGUUUGAGAAGAAUAGCUGUAAUACCAUCUGCAGAGAUGACAUCACACUGGUGGAUGAGCUGGUCUUCCGUGAGAAGAGUGCGGUGAACUGCACCUAUAAAGAUGACAACUGUGUUCAUCACUUCCAGUACUAUGAAGACAUCAGUGGCAAAUCCAUCCUCUACCUAGUCAAAGAACCUGAAUGUCCUAUGGGUCCUGAUAUCUUGGUGGUGAUGGCCUAUGUGGCUGGCUCCAUUCUCCUGCUGGGGUUGGCUGCUCUGCUAAUUUGGAAGCUGCUAGUGACCAUUCAUGACCGCCGAGAAUAUGCCAAGUUUGAGGAAGAGAGAGCCAAGGCCAAGUGGGAAGCGGCCAAUAAUCCGUUAUAUCGAGGAGCUACCAGCACCUUUACAAAUGUGACCUACAGUGGCAACACAUAAGAAUGUUACACCUCCAGCACAAACAAUGUCCUCAGUGACACUCCACCAAUCACACUUAAAUUUCACUGUUAUUAAAGAACUGCUGGCAUGAUGAGGAGGUGGUGAGGGGUCACACUUGUGAUUUUGCUGUAAUGCUGAACUGUGCAACCAUGAAUCACUUGCGAAUGGGGAUACAGUUUGGUUUUUUUUACAAUUUAUUUUAUUCCUAUUUUAUGUUGAACAAAGCACCCAAACAUAAAUCCAAAUUAGAUAUAACUUUAACAAGCUUUGGGAGAAUGAAUCUGAAACAGUGGUCAUUGCACUGCUCUCUUAUGAGAUCAUAUGACCCAUCAACAUCCUGCAAGAGCUACAGGGCUUAUAAUCGUUUGUAAUGACGUUGCAGCCUCGGGUUUGAUCUCCAAACUAAUGAAUGUUGAGAAAAUAAUGCGUACAUGCACUAUGCACAGUUGCAGUGACUGAUUUUUCUGAGAAAAAUAUUUGAUGCACUUUAGUGAUGGAGUUGAACUGCAGCACAGUGCUCAUGUGAACGUCAUGUUUCAUUCUUGGUUCUAGUUACUUUGGUUGUCAUAGAUACAGCAUCACAUGGCUGCUUCUAGAGUUCCAAAACUUUUGUUGCCAUGGCAGCACUGGUUGAGAUUCUGUUGGACCCCAUAGGAAACCAGACUCCUCGGUGCUGGAGACUCAAGUCAUUCAUGAAAAUGUGGAAAUGUCAGCCAGAAAACCAAACCCAGUCAACUCCUUAUAUUCCCAUUAAUGACUUCUAUGUAAACUAAUGGAAACUAGCAGUGUGUUAGAUAAAACUUUAAGUGCCUUUUCCCUCAGCCAAAGGCAAACUGUUGAUCUUUCUCCCUUUUUUGCUUUUUUUGUACAGUGGUCCUGUUAAUUUCACAUAUUUUAGGCCUAAUGGGUGCAAUGUGCUUUGCUUCACUGAAUACAUUUCUGAAUAAAAUCUCACUUUAAAAACCUUC